CUUCCGGUGGUGUGUCAUGGCGGUGGCAUGGUGAAUCUUACAGAAAGGGAAAAAUACUCGCCCCUUCCGUCCUCUCCCACCGACUCGGGACAAAUUUUCAUGCCUAAGUGAGCUGCACGGCUCGGGCCUCGCUCCUCGGAUUCAGCAGCGCGGUGUUGCGGCGUCCCUCCGCCCGGCCAUGGCGGCUCACAAACCAGUGGAAUGGGUCCAGGCCGUGAUUACCAGAUUUGAUGAUCAGCUUCCCAGCAAAGUCGGACAUCAGAACACCCACACCAAAAUCAGCACCGAGCACAACAAGGAAUGUUUGAUCAACAUCUCCAAGUACAAGUUCUCCCUUGUCAUCAGCGGCCUCACCACCAUCCUAAAAAAUGUCAACAACAUGCGAAUAUUUGGAGAAGCUUCCGAGAAGAACCUCUACCUCUCCCAGCUCAUCAUCCUGGACACACUGGAGAAGUGCCUGGCUGGGCAAUCCAAGGACUGCUUGCGUCUGGAUGAAACCAUGUUAGUGAAACAGCUGCUGCCAGAGAUCUGCCAUUUCAUCCACACGUACCGCGAGGGCCACCACCACGCCGCCGAGCUCCGGGCCUCCGCCUCCGCCGUGCUCUUCUCUCUCAGCUGCAACAACUUCAACGCCGUCUUCAGCCGCAUCUCCACCAGGCUACAGGAGCUGACUGUGUGCUCAGAAGAUAACGUAGACGUUCACGAUAUAGAGCUGAUGCAGUACAUCAACGUGGACUGCUCCAAGCUAAAGAGGCUCCUGCAAGAGACCGUCUUGAAGUUCAGAGCUCUGAAGAAGCCGGCGCAGCUCGCAGUCAUCAACAGUCUAGAGAAGGCGUUCUGGAACUGGGUGGAGAAUUACCCAGACGAGUUCACUAUGCUGUACCAGAGACCUCAGGCCGAUAUGGCAGAAGCUGCGGAGAAGUUGUUCGACCUGGUGGACAGCUUCGCCGAGAGCGCCAAGAGGAAGGCCGCCGUGUGGCCGCUGCAGAUCAUCCUCCUCAUCCUCUGCCCAGAGAUCACACACACCAUCUCCAAAGACACUGUGGAGGACAGCAAGGCCAACAAGAAACUUUUCCUGGACAGUCUGCGGAAAGCUCUGGCUGGGCAGGGGGGCAGCAAGCAGCUGAUGGAGAGCGCCGCCAUCGCCUGCGUCAAGCUGUGCAAAGCUUCCACCUACAUCAACUGGGAGGACCACUCCACUAUCUUCCUCCUGGUGCAGUCCAUCGUCAUGGACCUCAAGGCGCUGCUCUUCAACCCGGCCAAGCCCUUCUGGAGGGGCACGGGCAGCCAGAACGCCGACGUGGAGCUCAUGAUGGACUGCUUCGUCUCCUGUUUCCGACUCAACCCUCACAACAACCAGCACUUUAAGGUCUGCCUGGCCGCCUCCUCGCCCUCCACCUUCCACUUCGUCCUGGUCAACUCGUUGCACAGAAUAAUCACCAACUCUCACCUGGACUGGUGGCCCAAGAUCGACGCGGUGUACUGCUACUCCGGAGAGCUCCGCCUCAUGUUCUCAGAAACCCUGAACAGGGUGAUCCAGGGUGCCGGCACACACGCUCCACUGCGCAUGACGCCGAGUCUGACCUUCAUCGGGAAGAAGACCACCAGCCUUAAGUUCAAAGAGAAAGCCACAGACCUGGAUACGCGAAGUUACAAGUGCCUCCUCCUCGCCCUGGUCAAACUCAUCCAUGCAGACCCCAAACUCAUGCUGCAUAAUCCUGUGAAACAAGCUCCGGAGAUGCAGAGCAGCACCGCGGAGCUCAUCACCGGCCUGGUUCAGCUCGUGCCUCCAACCAACACCACUCAGCUCUCACAAGAAGCCAUGGAGGCGUUGCUGGUUCUGCACCAGCCGGAGACCAUCGAGUUGUGGAACCCAGAUGCUCCGAUUGAGACUUUCUGGGACAUCAGCUCGCAGGUGCUCUUCCUGGUCUGCCGCAAGCUGAUCGGCCAGCAGUUAGUCAACGGGACAGAAGUGCUGAAGUGGCUGAGGGAGAUCCUCAUCUGCAGGAACAAGUUUCUGCUCAAGAACAAGGAGUGCGCGACGAAGGGCGGCGGCAUCCCGAUCUGCCGGCAGGCGCAGACCAAGCUGGAGGUGAGCCUCUACAUGUUCCUGUGGAGCCCGGACACCGAGGCUGUGCUGGUGGCCAUGUCCUGCUUCCGCCACCUCUGCGAGGAAGCCGACAUCCGCAGCGCCGCCGACGAGGUGCCUGUCCAGACCAUCCUGCCCAACUACGCCACCUUCAGCGAGCUGGCGUCCGUCAGCAACAUGAUGGGGACAGGCCGCUCCACCUUACAGAAGCGGGUGAUGGCCUUGUUGAGGAGGAUAGAACACCCGACUCCGGGAAACAUUGAGGCGUGGGAGGACACGUACACUAAAUGGGACCAGGCAACCAAGCAGAUCCUCAACUUCCCAAAAAACAAGGCUGACGAUGGACAGCAGGAGUGGAUCAACAUGACGGGCUUCCUGUGCGCCCUGGGCGGCGUCUGCCUGCAGCAGCGCAGCACGCCCGGCCCCGCCACCUACAGCCCGCCCAUGGGCCCUCUGAGCGAGCGCAAGCACUCCAUGAUCUCCAUGGGCCCGUGCGAGGUGUCCAACCCCAUGAGCGGCUCCUGCUCCUCGUCGGCGUCCAGCGAGACGCCCGUCAGCCGCUUCGUGGACCGCCUGCUGGCCCUGUUGGUGUGCGGCCACGACCGGGUCGGCCUGCACGUCCGCACCAACGUGAAGGACCUGCUGGGGCUGGAGCUGAGCCCCGCCCUCUACCCCAUGCUCUUCAACAAGCUGCGGAACAGCAUCGGGAAGUUCUUCGACACUCAGGGACCGGUUCCCAUCAAUGACACUAACACCCAGUUUGUGGAGCAGACCAUAGCCAUCAUGAAGAACCUGCUGGAUAACCACACAGAGGGCAGCUCCGAGCACCUGGGGCAGGCCAGCAUCGAGACCAUGAUGCUCAACCUGGUCAGGUACGUGCGCAUCCUGGGGAACGUGGUCCACGCCAUUCAGAUCAAAACCAAGCUGUGCCAGCUGGUGGAGGUGAUGAUGGAGCGGCGGGACGACCUGUCCUUCUGCCAGGAGAUGAAGUUCAGGAACAAGAUGGUGGAGUACCUGACGGACUGGGUCAUGGGAACCUCCAACCAGGCCGCGGACGACGACAUCAAGUGCCUGACGAGGGACCUGGACCAGGCCAGCAUGGAGGCUGUGGUCUCUCUGUUAGCUGGUCUUCCUCUGCAGCCUGAAGAGGGAGACGGGGUGGAGCUGAUGGAGGCCAAGUCGCAGCUCUUCCUCAAGUACUUCACUCUGUUCAUGAACCUGCUGAACGACUGCAGCGAGGUGGAGGACGAGGGCCAGGCGGUGGGAGGCCGGAAGAGAGGAAUGUCCCGCCGCCUGGCGUCGCUCCGCCACUGCACCGUCCUCGCCAUGUCCAACCUGCUCAACGCCAACGUGGACAGCGGCCUCAUGCACUCCAUCGGUUUGGGAUACCACAAGGACCUGCAGACCCGGGCCACGUUCAUGGAGGUCCUGACCAAGAUCCUGCAGCAGGGCACCGAGUUCGACACGCUGGCCGAGACGGUGCUGGCCGACCGCUUCGAGAGGCUGGUGGAGCUGGUCACCAUGAUGGGGGACCAGGGGGAGCUGCCCAUCGCCAUGGCCCUGGCCAACGUGGUUCCCGGGUCUCAGUGGGACGAGCUGGCCCGUGUGCUGGUGACCCUGUUCGAUUCCCGCCACCUCCUCUACCAGCUGCUGUGGAACAUGUUCUCCAAAGAGGUGGAGCUGGCCGACUCCAUGCAGACGCUGUUCAGAGGAAACAGCCUGGCCAGCAAGAUCAUGACCUUCUGCUUCAAGGUUUAUGGGGCGGCUUACCUGCAGAAGCUACUGGAGCCCUUAUUGAGAGGAGUCAUCACAACUCCGGAGCACAUCAGCUUCGAGGUGGAUCCCACCAGGCUGGAACAGGGCGAGAACCUGGAGGAGAACCAGAGGAACCUGCUGCAGAUCACCGAGCGCUUCUUCCAGGCCAUCAUCGGCUCUUCCAGCGAGUUCCCCCCCCAGCUCCGCAGCGUGUGCCACUGCCUGUAUCAGGCUACUUGCCACUCUCUACUGAAUAAAGCAACAGUUAAAGAAAAAAAGGAAAACAAAAAAGCCGUGGUGAGUCAGCGGUUUCCACAGAACAGCAUCGGUGCGGUGGGCAGUGCCAUGUUUCUGCGGUUCGUCAACCCGGCGAUCGUGUCUCCGUACGAGGCCGGCAUUCUGGACAAAAAGCCCCUGCCCAGGAUAGAACGUGGUCUCAAACUCAUGUCCAAGAUCCUGCAGAGCAUAGCAAACCAUGUCCUGUUUACUAAAGAAGAACACAUGAGGCCUUUUAACGACUUUGUGAAGAGCAACUUUGAUGCAGCGAGAAGGUUUUUCUUGGAUAUCGCAUCUGAUUCUCCGCCCAGCGACUCGGUGAACCACAGCUUGUCUUUCAUUAGCGAUGGCAAUGUGCUGGCUCUUCACCGCCUCCUGUGGAACAAUCAGGAGAGAAUUGGCCAGUACUUGUCCAGUAACAGGGAUCACAAAGCUGUAGGCAGGCGGCCCUUCGAUAAGAUGGCUACCCUGCUGGCCUAUCUGGGCCCCCCAGAACACAAACCUGUAGCCGACACCCACUGGUCCAGCCUCAACCUGACCAGCUCCAAAUUUGAGGAGUUCAUGACGAGGCACCAGGUCCAUGAGAAGGAGGAGUUUAAAGCCUUAAAGACCCUCAACAUUUUCUACCAGGCAGGGACCUCCAAGACUGGCAAUCCAGUCUUCUACUAUGUGGCUCGCAGGUUCAAAACGGGUCAGAUCAACGGCGACCUGCUCAUCUACCAUGUCCUCCUCACCCUCAAGCCCUACUACGCCAAGCCCUACGAGAUCGUGGUGGACCUGACGCACGUCGGGCCCAGCAACCGCUUCAAGACCGACUUCCUGUCCAAGUGGUUCGUGGUAUUUCCCGGCUUCGCCUACGAGAACGUGGCGGCUGUCUACAUCUACAACUGCAACACGUGGGUAAGGGAGUACACCAAGUACCACGAGCGGCUGCUGACGGGCCUCAAGGGCAGCAAGCGUCUGCAGUUCAUCGACUCCCCGGCGAAGCUGGCCGAGCACAUCGAGCCUGACCAGCAGAAGCUCCCCGCCGCCACGCUGUCGCUGGAGGAAGACCUCAAGAUGUUCCACAACGCUUUGAAGCUCGCCCACAAAGACACCAAGGUUUCAAUCAAGGUCGGUUCAACAGCAGUCCAGGUGACCUCGUCCGAGCGGACCCGCGUCCUCGGACAGCCCGUCUUCCUCAACGACGUCUACUACGCCUCGGAGAUCGAGGAGAUUUGCCUGGUGGACGAGAGCCAGUUCACGCUCACCAUGGCCAACCAGGGCACGCCGCUCACGUUCAUGCACCAGGAAUGCGACGGCAUCGUCCAGUCCAUCAUCCACAUCCGGACACGCUGGGAGCUGUCGCAGCCGGACUCCAUCCCACAGCACACCAAGAUCCGGCCGAAGGACGUCCCCGGCACGCUGCUCAACAUCGCUCUGCUGAAUCUGGGCAGUUCUGAUCCCAGCCUCAGGUCCGCGGCGUACAAUCUGCUGUGUGCGCUGACCUGCACCUUCAACCUGAAGAUCGAGGGCCAGCUGCUGGAGACGUCCGGCCUCUGCAUCCCGGCCAACAACACCCUCUUUAUAGUGUCCAUCAGCAAGACUCUGGCUGCCAACGAGCCCCACCUGACGCUGGAGUUUCUGGAAGAGUGCAUCUCAGGCUUCAGCAAGUCCAGUAUUGAGCUGAAGCAUCUCUGUCUGGAGUACAUGACGCCCUGGCUGCUCAACCUGGUUCGCUUCUGCAAGCACAACGACGACGCCAAGCGGCAGCGCGUCACCGCCAUCCUGGACAAGCUCAUCACCAUGACCAUCAACGAGAAGCAGAUGUACCCCUCCAUCCAGGCCAAGAUCUGGGGCAGCCUGGGCCAGAUCACCGACCUGCUGGACGUGGUGCUGGACAGCUUCAUUAAGACCAGCGCCACAGGAGGCCUGGGCUCCAUCAAGGCGGAGGUCAUGGCCGACACGGCGGUGGCUCUGGCGUCGGGGAACGUCAAGCUGGUCUCCAACAAGGUGAUCGGCCGGAUGUGUAAGAUCAUCGACAAGACGUGCCUGUCGCCGACGCCCACGCUGGAGCAGCACCUGAUGUGGGACGACAUCGCCAUCCUGGCCCGCUACAUGCUCAUGCUGUCCUUCAACAACUCCCUGGACGUGGCGGCCCACCUGCCCUACCUGUUCCACGUGGUCACCCUGCUGGUGGCCACCGGGCCGCUCUCACUGCGGGCCUCCACCCACGGCUUGGUCAUCAACAUCAUCCACUCGCUGUGCACCUGCUCGCAGCUCAACUUCAGCGAGGAGACGAAGCAGGUCCUGAGGCUGAGCCUGACCGAGUUCUCCCUGCCCAAGUUCUACCUGCUGUUCGGCAUCAGCAAGGUCAAGUCGGCCGCCGUCAUCGCCUUCCGCUCCAGCUACAGGGACCGCUCCUUCUCCCCGGGCUCGUACGAGAGGGAGACCUUCGCCCUGUCCUCCCUGGAGACCGUCACCGAGGCCUUACUGGAAAUCAUGGAGGCCUGCAUGAGGGACAUCCCGACCUGCAAGUGGUUGGACCAGUGGACGGAGCUGGCGCAGAAGUUCGCGUUCCAGUACAACCCGUCGCUGCAGCCCCGGGCGCUGGUGGUGUUCGGCUGCAUCAGCAAGAGAGUGAGCCACGGCCAGAUCAAGCAGAUCAUCCGAAUCCUCAGCAAGGCCAGCCCGCUGCUCAGCAUCGACCGGGGUCUGGAGAGCUGCCUGAAGGGCCCCGACAACUACAACAGCCAAGUGUUAAUAGAAGCCACAGUCAUCGCUCUGACCAAACUGCAGCCGCUGCUCAGCAAGGAGUCUCCCAUGCACAAGGCUUUGUUCUGGGUGGCCAUCGCUGUCCUGCAGCUGGACGAGGUCAACCUUUACUCCGCCGGGACGGCGCUGCUGGAGCAGAACCUGCACACUCUGGACACCAUGCGCGUCUUCAACGACAAGAGUCCAGAGGAAGUGUUCAUGGAGAUCAGGCGUCCUUUAGAGUGGCACUGCAAGCAGAUGGAUCAUUUUGUGGGCCUCAACUUCAGUGCUAACUUCAACUUCGCCCUGGUGGGACACCUGCUCAAAGGCUACAGACACCCAUCAGCCACCACGGUCGCCCGGACAGUGAGGAUCCUGCACACGCUGCUCACGCUCGUCAGCAAGCAUCUGAAAUGUGACAAGUUCGAGGUCAACAUCCAGAGCGUGGCCUACCUGGCUGCCCUGCUCACCGUGUCCGAGGAGGUCCGGAGUCGCUGCAGCCUCAAACACAGGAAGUCACUCCUGAUUUCGGACCUCACCAUGGACCCGGUGCCCAUGGACACGUACUCCAGCCACCUCUCCGACCCCACCUGCAGAACUCUGCACGAAACGCAGCCGUGGACGUCGCCUCAGGUUUCAGAGCGCUA